AUGUCUUUGAAAUGGAGAAGACUACAUCUGUCGCGGCAGGGGGACUUGCCUCCGCUGCUGUUCAGAUACUCUAUAGCAGCAAACGGCUACGAGCUGUUCAUGACUGAUCUGACGAAUAUCUGGACGGAGCGCAUGAGUCGGCGAGACAUCCUCAGGAGAGCCGAUGAAGAUGCUACGACAAUCGAUCCGAGCGAGGAUGUAGAGCAGUUCAAGGUCCUCCUCGAGAAGAUAGGGGAAGCUCUAGAAAACAAGCCGGGGGCCGCGGCAUCGCUCAAUCCAAGAUCGCAAGUUGAUUCUCUGAAACUCAUAGUCUCAGUCAAACUCCCUACUCCCUUGAGGCCUCUGACAUGGACGGCCUACCUUACCAAGGAACCCGCGUCUUCCACGUCUCGGCAUCUGCUACUUCCAUUACUCAAAGCAGAGGCGGCGUGGGAGCCGCGCCAACAGACUCUACUGGAUCAACUCAACAGAAAGGACUGGGCCCUUGGCAAGCUAUUCGAGAAGAUCGAGAAUAUGGGCAUUGAUCUGAGCACCAUCUUUCCUGGCGUGACUGGCCACCGAAGAGCCCACGGCGAGACGCUGCUGUCCCAAGCAGCCAGGUACAUCAAGGGCGUGGCGCCCUUUGACGAAGCAGAAUGGCUUGGUGAAGUCGCGAAAUCGUCCCCGGAAUCAAGCCUCGCAGCCAACAUGGUGGCAGAGCUCACUGGAUUUGAUGAAACCAAGCAUGUGGAUAGCCUCGAUCCGCCCCCAGACGGAUGGUGGGAGAAGCUUACAGCAGAGGAACCCGCGACACUAACGCCCCCCGGGCGCGAACAAGCCCAGGAGCCGACGGAGAAGAAACAUGCGGAACACGAUACGGCGAUGGAAACCGAUACAGACACGGGCAAUGAUGACCUCGACGGUGAUGAUGAAUUCGAGCGACAAGAAACACCCCCCAGAUUAAAAAAGCCCACAGACCAGGAGAGAUCGUCUCCGGCUGCUACGGCGUCUACCACCGCCGGGACGGCCGAUGAAGCAACCCAUGGCCACAAGGCCACAUCCGAAGAUGAACCUACUAAACACGAAUCCCCAGCAAAAAAACCCAAAGGGCUGGGGGUGAUAGGCGGCAAGAAACAAACGCGGCCAAAGCCACCAACGCCUCCACGGGCCCAUGUCGCUUCGGAACCCACAGGCCCAGCAACACAGCCCAAGCACGACGACGACGCAACGGACUCAGACCUCGACCAAUCACCACGCGCAGCCCCCAGGGCACCAGCGCCCGCAGAGCAAAAGAAACCAGCACCCAAGUCCCACGGCCUAGGCGUGAUCGGCGGCAAGAAGAAAGAGAAAUUCAAAACACCGACUCCCCGCACCUCGCGCUCCCCAGACCCAGCCCCAGCCCCAGCUCCAGCUCCAGCUCAGUCACUGCCAAAACGCCCAGGGAAGCUGGGUAUGAUUGGGGGUAAAGCCCGCAAGCUCCGCGACGCUGCGCCUGAGACCCAGACUCGGGCAGAGGCAGAUGCACAGGCACAGGCGCGCUCUGAAACUCCGCCUCAGGCGAAGUCUGAGAGCACCGAGGAUCUUCCUGUUCGGGGGACUGUGAAGAAGUCGGCUUCGUCGUCGGUAGCGCCGCCUCCGGAACCUCCGCGGGAGGAAACCGAGCAUGAGCGGGCGGACCGAAAACGGGAGGAGUUGAAGCGGCAGCUUGAGGCUAAGAGUAAGGCUCCGGCGAAGAAGAAGAGGAGGUUCUAG